AAAAAUUCGAUAUGGAAGUAUUAAGUAGUCGAAUUCACUAGUGUAUAUUGAUUUUUUGGUGAUUUUCCUUUUUCAUUAAUUUUAAUAAAUCAGUAGGUAUCUAUACAAGUUACGUUUCAUAAUAAUAUUAGUAAAAAAUACUCUAUCAAUGCUGUUGUAACCCGUAAGUGUAAUGAUUGGAUAAGUAACAUUUUAAUUUAUAAAUAGUUUUAUCUUUAUUAUAAUAUUAUUAGUGGACGUGUUAACUAUAAAAGGUCUUUUUAAAUUGAAUGUGCCAAAUAAAUUUAUUGCUGUUUACUUAAUGACUAUUAAUAUGGUAAUUGAAAAAAAAAUGUAUUUAAAAUUUCUAAAAAUUAAUAAUGCAUCUAUCUGUUGAUGAAAUUCUGUCUUCUAUCUCUAAACUAUAAAAAAUAAGUGUAUCAUACAAUGAUUAGAAAUUCAAAGAAAUAAACCAGAGAAGUAGGAUAACUAUAAUAUGUACGUAUAUAUAGAUAAAUAAAUGAUUGUACCUAAAAAAUUUUUUUUUUAUGAGAUUCAUUGUUACUUUCAAAUUGUUUACUUAAGUACUAAAUUACAAUGAGACUUUUUUUCUAUGACCGUGGUUUUCUUUAAUUCGACUUAUUUAGAUACAUUUUUAUUUUAAUUCUAUUUAAAAGUAUUUGUCAAAUGCAAUAGUUUAUUUUUUACUUUCAAUAUUUAAGCAAAAUUAUUAUGGGGCCCCCGUUUUAUUAGUAAAUACGUUUUUAUUAUUAUUACCUAUUAAUUAAAAAUUGAAUAAACAUUCAGUUUUUAAUAUUUUAUUGUCUGUACUUAUUUUAUUUUAUUUAAUUAAUUUUUUUAAAUAGGUUUUUGAUAAUUUUGAUCAGACAUUUAUGAUGACUUGCAACUGUGUGGAUGCUCAUGUUCCUCCAUUGUUUGGUGUACAAACAAUAUUUGCUGCUCAACAUACUUCUGAAUCGUGUGGUGCUAAUGGCUUACCUUUAACUCCUAAUUCGAUUACAAUUUUAGGACGUGCACAAAAACUUAAGACUUUAAGUCAUCCAAAUUUAGUCUCACAUUUAGACUUCAUUCGGAAACAACAUGGUCGCAUAAUUUUAGUCUCUCAAUAUUUUAACCGUAAUCUAUGGACCGAAUCACUCAACUGUUCAAUAUUAUUACCAAUAGAAAAAGUACUAAGUUGGGCGUAUAGGGUUUUAAAUGCAUUGACUUAUUUAAAUGAUAAUGGAUUAGUUCAUAGAUUUUUAACUCCACAAUACAUACUAUUGGAUGAUGAAGAUAAUGUUAAACUCUUUAACUAUGGUCUUUACUAUAUGACAAACAGUGGAAAAAAUAUUUCUUUCCCAAUUGGCAAACUUAAAUAUACUGCACCUGAAGUUUUAGUUCUUGAUAAAACUUCAUACAAAUCUGGUCCUAAAACCGAUUCUUGGUCAUUGGGUAUUAUUGUUUUAGAAUUAUUACUAGGAGUACAACUAUGGCCAACACUUAAACUCAGCCAGAUUAUUAGAAAAAUAUUGUCAUUAACACAUUGUACAGACGUUGUGAUGCGACUUGCCCGUGAAAUGGGCCGUUUAACAUUGUAUCAAUCAUUGCCGAAUGAAUUAAAAGACUUUUUAAGUAAGUGUAUCUGUUUAGAUAUUUCAAAAAGAAUGCGCCCAAAAGAAUUAUGUGAUCAUAAAAUAUUUUCUCUCUACGAGUACUCAACAAUAUUGACAAACAAAUAUUAUUCAUGUAAACACCCAUUGCUGCAAAUGAAGCUUGACCAAGUUUAUUAUUUAUGGAAGUUAGCUGGAGGAGAUGUCGAAUGGGCUUUAAAAAAAAAAGGGCUAUUAAGAAAUGAAUCCUCUAUUUUACUUUUGCCUCGAUUGAUUAUACUUGAAGGUACACUUUAUGGUACUACACGUAAUCAAAGUUGUUUAUUAGACUUACAGAUAGUUGAACUGUCUUUAGACUUGUUAAUAAGUCGUCUUCAACAUCUUAAAAUCACAGAUUACGAUCCUUUAAUCGAUGAAGUAAAAGAACGUAACGAUACUACUGAAAAACUACCAUUAGUUAUACGUGAAAAAGACACUGAAUAUCAAUUUCAUCGAAUUGUCUUGUUCGAUCGUUUGUUAUCAACUUAUCCUUUCAAACGAAAUAACUUACUUAUCGAAGCAUCAAAAGAUAUUCCACCCUAUUUUAGAGGAGAGAUUUGGGCCUGCUUAUUAAAUAUUUGCAACAACACUGAACAUACUUAUUUGUCUAUAGAUAAAGAAACUGCUGGUGUCACAGAUAGACAAAUUGAAGUUGACAUACCAAGAUGCCAUCAAUAUAACGAUUUAUUAUCAUCUUCUGUAGCUCAUACAAAGUUAAAAAGAGUCUUAAAAGCAUGGUUAGUUAGUCAUCCAAAAUAUGUUUAUUGGCAAGGUCUGGAUUCGUUGUGUGCCCCAUUUGUAUAUUUAAACUUUUGUAAAGAACACAUAGCUUAUGCUUGUUUAACGGAAUUUGUGAAAAAAUAUUUGAACGAUGUAUUUUUAAGAGAUAACUCUGAAGUAAUACGAGAAUAUUUAAUUAAGUUGUCUCAUUUAAUAGCUUUUCAUGAUCCAGAACUUGCAAAUCACUUAGACGACAAAGGAUUCAUACCAGAUUUAUUUGCUAUACCAUGGUUUUUAACAAUGUUUUCUCAUGUGUUUCCUUUGCAUAAAAUUUUUCACCUUUGGGAUAAACUUUUGUUAGGUGAUUCAUCAUAUCCAUUAUUUGUUGGAUUAUCCAUCCUUACACAAUUACGUAGUACCUUAUUAAACUCAGGAUUUAAUGAGUGUAUAUUAUUGUUUUCUGAUCUGCCAGAAGUGGACAUUGAGAAAUGUGUUUUAGAAUCAUCAAAAUUUUAUGAUGCUACACCUAGGUCCAUUACAUUCAGAAAACACGAGUUGAGAACUGAAACGAGAGAACACGAUCCAUGUUUAAUCUAUGAAGUAUUACAAAAUGAAUUUAGUCCUAGAAUCAGCAUUUACGAUUUGCAAGAAUUAAAAAGAAAUAGUAAAAAAUUUUUGGUUUUAGACACCAGAGCACAAGGAUAUUAUAUAGAAAAAAGUUUACCCGGUAGUUUAAAUAUUCCUAUUAAAGAGGAAGACUUUUUAGAUGAAAAUUUUGAUUUACCACCUAGUCCUGAACUAAGUGCAUUGGUGAACAAUAGAGGUAGUGUAUUAAUUAUCAUUGAUAAUGUAUUUGAAUUAAAUAAAGUAAGAAAGUUUUGUAGAUUUUUAGUGAAAAAAAAAUUCCCAAAAGUAUGUAGUUUACAUGGUGGAAUCGAAGCAUUCGAAACAUUUAAUAUUUUGGUACCCGCUAUAAUGUUUUGAUAGUUCAUAAAGAUAUUAUUUUAUAUAUUUUAUUGCAAUUUAAAAAUUUGGAAAUUAAUAUUGUUGGUAUUAUUCAUUUUAAUUCCAUUUUAUGUAUUUGUUUUAUAUAAUUUAUUCGAAUACAUUUCUUUUAUUUAUACCUUCUUAUAAUAAUUGUCUUAAGUUAAAUAUCUAUUAUUAAUUAUAUUAUGUAUUCUUGUGUAAUUUUAUGUUUUUUACCCAUGGUGUCAAACUGAAAAUACUACUAUUCAAUUUAAAUUUGAACUCAUUAAUUAAGUUUGUAUUAACAUGUGAACCACCUAUUCAUAGAUAUAGAGGUUUUACACCACGGCUGAUUACUGUGUACGAUUAAAAUAUAAUACAUGUAUUUUACGCAUUUAUUUAUGUUAUAAAAAAUAAUUGUGUCAUAGUACCUAUAUUUGAGUUCAGAUAAAACUAAUUUCAAAUAAUAUAAAAUCGAAUAAUGCCUAAUGGAUUAUGUUUCUAUUAAUAUAUUUUAUUAAAACUAUGUUUAAUUGUGUAUUAUCAUGUAUUUUUUCAAAUAGUUAAUAGGGUUAAUAACUCUUAAUAUUAAGUACCCACUAAAAUUGUUUUCAAGUGAUAAAAAUAUUACUUAUAAUUAAAAACAAAAUUUAUAGAUUUGAAUAAUUUAAUUCAACUACUUACGUUUUACAAAUCUUUUAAUCUAUUUAUAUUGUAUAAGUAUAUUAUGUAUACAUAUUAAACAUUUUACUUGUCUGUACCUAAUUUUGAUAAUAUAAUAUUUUAACAUCACAUGUAUUAUCCAAUACCCUUAAUAAUUAUACUGUUUAUAUAUUAUUCAUAAUUUAUAUUUAUUAAAUGUUGUACCUAUUAUUAGCUAUUUUAUCUUAAGAAUUAUAUGUUAUAAAGUUUUUGAAAAAUCCAGGUAAUAAUACGGCUCUAAAUCAAAAGUUCUAGAUUUAUAUAUGUCAAUUUUUUUAUUAAAUAAUAU